CCUCACUUUCACUGGGGGGCCUGCCGCCUUGCAGCCGCCUCACCAUGUGCACAGGGAAGUGCUCCCGCUUCGUGGGGCUCUCCCUCAUCCCCCUCUCCCUGGUCUGCAUCGUGGCCAACGCCCUCCUGCUGGUGCCUCAGGGCAAGACCACCUGGACAGACACCACCCACCUCAGUUUGCAAGUCUGGCUCAUGGCAGGCUUCCUCGGUGGGGGCCUGAUGGUGCUGUGUCCCGGCAUCUCAGCGGUUCGCGCGGGGGGCAAGGGCUGCUGCGGUGCGGGCUGCUGCGGAAAUCGCUGCAGGAUGCUGCGCUCCGUCUUCUCCUCGGCAUUCGGGGUACUGGGGGCCAUCUACUGCCUCUCGGUGUCUGGAGCCGGGCUCCGAAUUGGACCCAAGUGCUUAAUGGACCGCCGCUGGGACUACCACUUCCAGGACACCGAAGGCUCCUAUUUGCAGAACCGCACCCUGUGGGAUCUGUGCGAGGAGCCGACCGGCGUGGUGUCCUGGAACGUGACGCUCUUUUCGCUGCUGGUGGCCGCCUCGUGCCUGGAGAUCGUGCUGUGCGGGGUGCAGCUGGUGAACGCUGCCCUCGGCGUCUUCUGCGGCGACUGCAGGAAGAAGGGCUCCCCCACCUGAGGCUGCGCUUACCGCCCAGCUCGCUCCUGGAUGCCCGCCUGACCCACCCCGCCCUGGAAAUAAAACUUUGAACUCU